AUGUCGUUGAUUCCACUUCCUGAGUCACUUGUGCCAUUUUUGGAGCCAUACCUCCCCAAGCCCAUCAAUAGAAGACCAUUUAUCACCUUGACAUAUGCACAAUCGAUUGAUUCGAGAAUUGCCGCUGAGCCUGGCGUACAGACUAAAUUAUCCCAUUUGGAAACAAAAACAAUGACGCAUUACCUUCGGUCAAAACAUGAUGCGAUACUUGUUGGUGUGGGUACAGUUUUAGCAGAUGAUCCGAAAUUGAAUUGUCGCUAUGGGGGUGGUAAAAUCAGACCAAUUGUGGUGGAUCCAUCAGGCAGGUGGGAUUACAAUACAUCGACUUUAAAAAAAAUUUGUGACGCUGGUGAAGGAUUACCACCGUAUAUUCUUGUUGAUGAGCUGGUGGAGAAAGAGGGUGUCGUUAAAUUGCCAUUACUAGGUGGAGACAAUUGGGAAAUCAUUUUUGACAAAUUGUAUGAAUUGGGUAUCAAGUCGGUCAUGGUUGAAGGCGGAGCUCGUGUGAUUAAUUCUUUACUCGGAAAGACUGUUGACAGUAUUAUUAUCACUGUAGCUCCUGUAUUCCUCGGAGAACAAGGUGUCCAAGUGUCUCCAUCUACUAGUGUCUGUCUUACAGAUGCGUCCUGGUGGACAGGUGUUCAAGAUAGCGUACUUUGCGCAAGAUUACAAACAGAUUCUAUAUGA